AGAGGGCUUGUCGCGCAAGAUCCCGCCAUGGCUGUAAUCAGGUUCUACAGUACGGAGGCUGUUAGGGGGCGGGCCUUACAGAGAGCAGUCCAGCGCUACCCCCAGCUGUCAAUCACAAGUGAACUGUGCUACAACGUGGAGCUAACAGGGUGUGAAUGCCUUAGUGCAAAGGAGAAGGAGGUGCUCCUGUGGCUGUUCCGCCCCCCCCUGCAGACAGAGCCACUAUCUGAGAAACCAUACCUAACCGAGGGCAAUGGAGAGAGGCUGGUGGAGAUAGGACCCAGGCUGAAUUUCUCCACUGCAUGGUCUACAAAUGCUGUGUCCAUUUGCUGGAGUGCGGGCGUUAGCAAUGUUACGCGAGUUGAGCUGUCUCGUCGGCUUCUCAUCAAGCCCACGAAUGGAGGGAGUGUGAAUGAGCUCAAUGGAGACCUAGAGAAGCUGAUUGAGUGUUUGUAUGACAGUAUGACAGAAUGCGUCUACCAGAAUCCCAUAAUCUCAUUCUCUGUGGAGACCAAGCCGCAGGAGGUGUUUGAGGUGGAUAUUCUGGGGAAGGGGCGGGCAGCCUUAGAAACAGCAAACAAUGAUCUGGGCCUUGCCUUUGACUCUUGGGAUCUGGACUACUACACGGCGUUGUUCCAGAGGGUGAAGAGGAACCCGACUAGCGUGGAGUGUUUUGACUUGGCCCAGUCCAAUAGCGAGCACAGUCGCCAUUGGUUCUUCCGGGGACGAAUGGUGAUCGACAAACAGGAGCAGAAGGAGACUCUGUUUAGCCUCAUAAUGGGCACCCAGCAGCACAGCAACCAGAACAACGUCAUCAAGUUCUGUGACAACAGCAGUGGCGUCAGAGGAAUGGAGUUGGAGUUUAUUUACCCUAAAGACUCAUCACAGGCCAGUCCUUAUCAGACGCGUCGCUCACUAAGACAUGUCAUCUUCACUGCUGAGACACACAACUUCCCUACUGGUGUUGCCCCAUUCAGUGGUGCCACCACGGGGACAGGAGGUCGAAUCCGUGAUGUCCAGAGUGCUGGGCAGGGAGGCCAUGUCAUUGCUGGCACCGCAGGAUACUGCUUUGGCAACCUCCGCAUACCAGGUUAUAGUCUUCCAUGGGAGUGUGAAGGAGAGGGCUGGGAGUACCCCUCCAGCUUUGCCCCUCCUCUGCAAGUGGCCAUUGAGGCUAGUGAUGGAGCGUCGGACUAUGGAAACAAGUUUGGAGAACCCGUCUUGUCAGGUUUUGCCCGUUCUUUUGGCAUGCGAUUGGCUAAUGGAGAGAGGCGGGAGUGGGUUAAACCAAUCAUGUUCAGUGGUGGACUUGGUUCCAUUGAAGAUGCCCACGUGAAGAAGGAAGAGCCAGAAACUGGAAUGGAGGUGGUGAAGAUUGGAGGGCCAGUCUACAGGAUUGGUGUGGGAGGAGGAGCAGCCUCUUCUAUACAGGUCCAGGGGGACAACUCCAGUGCUAGGGAUCUGGGCGCAGUACAGAGGGGAGAUGCUGAAAUGGAACAGAAGAUGAAUCGUGCUCUAAGGGCCUGUCUGGAAAGGGCUGGCAAAAACCCCAUCUGUAGUAUACAUGAUCAGGGGGCAGGCGGAAAUGGUAAUGUGUUGAAAGAGUUGAGUGAGCCAGCAGGAGCUGUGAUCUACUCAAGUAGAUUUAAGAAAGGAGACCCUACGCUGAGUGUGUUGGAGCUUUGGGGGGCAGAGUAUCAGGAAAGCAAUGCCUUGCUACUCCGCCCAUCGGACUGCCCCUUCCUGGAGAGAGUGUGUCGGAGAGAGAAGUGUCCCGUUGACUUUGUAGGAAACAUUACUGGAGACGGAAAGAUCUUGUUGGUGGAUGAUGAGAGAGGUGGCAGAGAUCAGACCAACAGGGGGCGCUGUCCAGUUGACCUCCAGCUGGAGUGGGUUCUGGGGAAGAUGCCCCAGAAGGAGUUUGUGAUGGAGCGCUUGACUCCAGCCCUGGAGAGCCUGGUCCUUCCCACCCAGUUGACAGUUAGAGAUGCCUUGGAUAGAGUUUUACGUCUUCCUGCUGUGGCCUCCAAACGCUACCUGACCAACAAGGUGGACAGGUCUGUGACUGGUCUGGUUGCCCAGCAACAGUGUGUCGGUCCUCUUCACACCCCGUUGGCUGAUGUGGCUGUCGUUGCUCUGUCUCCAUUUGACCUUGAGGGGGCAGCGACAGCUAUCGGGGAGCAGCCCAUUAAAGGCCUGGUCUCGCCAGGGGCGGGAGCUCGCAUGGCUGUGGGGGAAGCUUUGACCAAUCUGGUGUUUGCCAAAAUCACAGCCCUCAAGGAUGUAAAGUGUAGUGGUAAUUGGAUGUGGGCUGCCAAGCUCCCUGGUGAGGGAGCUUGUCUCUGGGAGGCCUGCAAGGCCAUGUGUGAGGUCAUGGGUCAACUAGGAGUUGCUGUUGAUGGGGGCAAGGACUCUCUAAGCAUGGCCGCUAGAGUGGGAAAAGAAACUGUCAAAGCUCCAGGUGCUCUUGUUAUCUCGGUGUAUGUUCCGUGCCCUGACAUCACAGCCACUGUAACUCCCGACCUGGAGGAUCCAGAUGGCAGAGGUGUGUUGCUGUGGGUCCCCAUAAGUCCAGGCCAUCAUCGUCUUGGAGGCUCUGCCCUGGCUCAGUGUUACAACCAGCUGGGAGACCAGUCCCCCGAUCUGGACCAGCCGAAACUUCUGACUGCCUGCUUCAACACAACCCAGACACUCCUACAUGAUCGACUGCUAAGUGCAGGACAUGACGUCAGUGAUGGUGGCCUCAUUUCAUGUUUGCUGGAAAUGGCAUUUGCAGGAAAUCGUGGCAUUGAUAUUGACCUGUCCUCACAGGGUGUUGGAGUCUUGGAGUUGUUGUUUAGUGAAGAGCUGGGUUUGGUGCUGGAGGUAUCAGAAGCUGAUGCUGAAACUGUGUGUCAGAGAUACACUGAAGCGGGCCUACAGUGCCAUCGAAUUGGCAGAACCUGUGGCUUUGGACCACAGGCUAUGGUCCGUGUUUGUGUUGACGGACUAGAAGUCCUGAGUGAGGUGCUGCCUACUCUCAGGACAUGGUGGGAAGACACCAGUUUCCAACUGGAGCGCCUCCAGGCCAGUGAGCUCUGCGUAAGACAGGAAGAGGAAGGGCUAGCCAAGAGGACGCAGCCUUACUUUAAACUUACCUUUGACCCCUCAGAAAUGCUCAACAUCAGCCAACCUGGUGCAGGGCAGCCCCGUGUGGCUGUGGUCAGAGAAGAAGGCAGUAAUGGAGACCGAGAAAUGGCUGUAUCUCUGUAUAUGGCCGGCUUUGAGGUAUGGGAUGUGACCAUGCAGGAUUUGUGUUGUGGCUCCCUGACCCUGGAGCUCUUCAAAGCAGUAGUGUUUGUUGGAGGAUUCAGCUAUGCAGAUGUCUUGGGGUCGGCUAAAGGAUGGGCUGCCACUGCAGCAUACAACCUCCAGGCCAAGGCAGAAUUUGAACGCUUCCGUCGUCGGGAUGACACACUGAGUCUGGGUGUAUGCAAUGGCUGCCAGCUGUUAGCCCUGCUUGGCUGGAUUGGAGAGGACAAGGAUGGAGGAGAAUCUGAGGUGGUGCUGACUCAUAAUAAGUCUGGCAGGUUUGAGUCUCGGUUCGUCAGCGUCGGGAUCCAGGCCUCCCCAUCUGUCUGGCUCAGAGGCAUGGAGGGCUCGGCUCUGGGAGUGUGGGUCGCACAUGGAGAAGGUCUGAUGCAAUUCCGUACGCCCCAGGCCCAGGAGCAGAUAAUAUCUGGUGGACUGGCCCCUCUGCGCUACCUGGAUGACCAGGGUCAACCCACUGAGGAGUACCCUCUUAACCCUAAUGGCUCUCCCCAGGGUCUGGCAGGGCUGUGCUCCAGGGACGGGAGACACCUGGCCAUGAUGCCCCACCCUGAGCGCUGCACCCUUGGCUGGCAGUGGCCCUGGGCCCCAAGGGACUUCCGCUCCUCUCUCAACCCGUCACCCUGGCAGCGUAUGUUCAAGAACGCCGUCGACUGGUGCAGCAAUGCCAAGCGAUAAUUUGCUCAUACACUCUCUCUG